UCAUUGGCUGACGGACUCCUACAUCCUGUUUGCCACGCCCUACUUCGCCUACGACAUCUACGCCAUGUUCCUGUGCUACUGCCACAGGCUGCAGGUCAAAGGUCACGAGGAGGUGGGCGGAGUCAGGUGGAAGGUAGACGGUUACCUGCGCAGAGAGAAGCUCAUAGUGCUGCAUCACGUCUUCGUGGUGGCCUUCUGCUUCCCCGCCUCGCUGUAUUGGAGGCAGGGUAAAGGUGAUUUCUUUCAGGGCGUGUUGUUUCUUGCUGAGCUCAGCACGCCGUUCGUCUGUCUGGGGAAAGUCCUGAUCCAGUAUGAGCAGCAGCACACUCUGCUGCACAAAGUCAACGGUGUCCUCCUGCUCCUCACCUUCUUCAUCUGUCGGGUGUUGCUCUUCCCUUACCUGUACUUCGCCUACAGCAGGUAUGCGUCCGUCCCGGUGUACUUGGUGCCUCUGGAGGCCCCGUGGCAGUGUAACCUGGGGGCCGCUCUGCUGUGGCCCCUGCAGCUCUACUGGUUCACGCUGAUCUGCAGAGGAGCUCUCCGCUCACGGUCGACGGUUCGAUACCCGACCGAGACUGACUGCUGCCGGGUCUCGGGUCAAGAUGUGAAGAAAUCACCAUGAACACGUUUUAUUAAUGUUUUAUUAAUGUUGUAUUAAUGUGGACUCAGAGAGCAGGUCUCUCUCUCUCUUUAUGAUCACGAUCAACACUCAGGGAUUUAUUGAUCAGGACAAUAAAUCAACUGUAACAAUCUGAUUAUGAAGAUAAAUAUUUAAAUGUUAUAUUUAAAACAGAUUUUUCAUUUUCUGAUUUUUUAUUUGUUCAGCUGAAUAACUGAAAUUAUAGAAAUGAUUGUCCCAUAAUAUUAAUGUUGUUGUAUUUAAUAAUUAAAGUGUAAUUUAACCUUUUAAAUGCAGCUUUGUGUGGAUUAUGUUGUUUUGGAUUUGCUGUUUUUCCUUUUAAUCAUUUGAAUGUAUUUGU